CAAGUGUGUAAUGUAGGGAUGCUGGCUGACGAUUAUAUUUACUCUGGCGUUAUCUGGGUGGACAACUGCCCUCGUGAGUGCAGUUGCGUGUGACCUCGAUGUUGCUUCCACCGGAGGGCUUCAGUGAUGAGCUGGUCUUGUUUUCGCUGAAGCAGACGAGGCUGCGGGAGACCCCAUAGAAGAUUAUGAAGUGAAGAACCAGGGCAGAGGGUAAACAAUUGUUUCCCCACAAGUUAGAAAAACAAAAGCUUAUUUGUUAAAGAUAUCGCAACAAUGGGACAGUGGCGCCGGGAUUUCAUUGCCGUCGGGUUUGUAUUCUCUUUGGGACUGUUUGCUGGACAUUGUGGGCUACUCACAUGGAUAAUCCGGAGGUGUUUUCGCAGAGGUUACGAAAACGUUGCAUCCGGCUCUGACACCACCACAGACAACAUUGUGGAACAUAAUCGUGAGGAACUCACAAAUAGAGAAUGGAACAGGAACAGUCCAGAACCUGAUUCAGAUAUUGGACAACAGUCUCGGGUCGAAACUUCCGAUGUGAUUGUAAAUAUAGAUGAUGGAAAUCGACCGUUGACGUCCAUAGGAGAACAGACAGACUCUUUCGAAAGGAUCACCGAAAUGGAAUAUUUGCACAGAUACGUUCUCCGAAAUCGGACUAUGAAACUGAACGGAGUAACCGAGGUGGCUGACACACAUCUACUUGAUGAGUUGUACACUGACCUGACGAUUAUCAAGACGUCCCCUGAGCGGCCAUUCAUUGAACAUGUUGAGGGACAGGAGGAAAAUACCACGCAAAAUCUUCAAGUUGAGUUCGACGAAUUGUUCAGGAGCAGCGACACUGACACAGGCAGGACCACCACCACCGUGGUCUGUGGGGCUGCAGGGACUGGGAAAAACACCAUGAUACAGAAAAUAAUCCAUGACUGGGCCACGAGGAAUAAAUAUAAACAGUUUACAUUUCUCUUUCAUUUCAACUUCCAGAACUUGAAUGGAAUAAAAGGUAGAACGAAUUUAAAUACCCUAAUCCUUGACGCCUAUCCUUACUUCAUAAAUGUUCUGGAAGAUCUGUGGAAAGAACCCGAAAAGAUUUUGUUUAUAUUUGAUGAUUUCGACCAGUUUGAUCAAUCCAUUAAUUUUAGUGACGAUCAGAGAAACAGCAAGCAAUCUCACCAAUGUUUCGAUCCCCGUUUUAAUUGCUUUAUGCCCGACAUCAUCCGCUGCCUCAUACAGGGAGACCUGCUGAAAGGGUGCUCAGUGCUGGUCACAGCCCGGCCGUGGAAACUGGAGACUCUACAUCAGAUAACAGCAGAUUUGACAUUUCAAAUCAUGGGAUUCACUUCCCAGAAAGUAAAAGAAUAUUUUCGCCGCUAUUUCCGAGAUGAACAAUUUGCCGCAAAUACAAUCCAACUCAUUGGGCAGACUGACAUAUUGAGCAGUAUGUGUUGUAAUCCUUUAUUCUGCUCAGUCCUCGCCUCUUCACUGGAAUCAGAGCAAGCAUCAACCGAGGGACAGAGUCCAGCUUUCGUUGUAAACCACACUCAGCUAUUCUGUGCCUACGCCACAAACCUUUUCCGCAGAUGCGGAUAUAACGAGAUAACCUCUCGAGAUAGUUUGCUUCAAUUGGGCAAUUUGUCCCUCAACGGAAUUGCUUGUAAAAAAUAUUUGUUUGAAAUCGACGCACUUGGUGAUCUCAGUGUCCGUCUUCCCAAUUUUACCUCUGCAUGUAUGAUUCCGGUUCCAACCAACGAUAUGUAUAGUGUUUGUUACAAAUUCACGCACUCCAGUCUCCAAGACUUUGUUGCUGCACUAAUUAAAGUCCUAAGUACCUCAGGAAAUGGACUGAAAGGAUUGUUAAACGAAACAUUCACUGCCAGAGAUGGCAGAUUCAGUACGUUCUCACGUUUUCUUGUCGGUCUGUCUUCACGGAAGUCAAUUUAUAGCCUCGAUUGGGAAUUGGGCUCAUUUCCUUCGGAUGCCACUUCAUGUGUCUCAGAGUGGCUGAAAGAAUUUGUCAAAAGGCGAGUGCCGAACCUGAACAGCGAGAUUAACCAAGUCAUGUUUUUAGACAUACUGCACUGCUUAUUUGAAUUUGGAGACACAGAAACAACAACGGAAACAUUGGAACCAGUAAGGACAAUAAAAUUCAAUCAAUGCCACCUUAAAACUUCCGACUGCGCGAUUAUAUCGAGAACAUUAAUCUACUCUGAGUUGAUGGAAGAGCUGGAUCUCAGUUCAUGCCGUGUACAACUGGAGGGAAUUCAACAACUGGAACCCGUGCUGCACAGAUGUAAAAUACUCAGACUCAAUGGGAAUGACCUGCAAGAUUCCGGAGUAAAGUGUCUUUCUGAAUUUCUGAAGAAACAGGACUGUAUAAUACAACUGUUAGAGUUGAAAUCCAACCGUCUCACAGAUGAUUGCUUGGAAAAUCUGUUCGCCGCCCUUACGGUAAAUAGUUCACUGACGGAGCUGAACCUCAGCAAUUACAGCCAGGAUGAGCAACAGGCUAACAUGUUCAGGGACUCUACACUGAAGUAUUAUGUGCAUAGUGGUGCUCUUCAAAGAUUUAUAAGAUGGAUUCGCAAUCAAGAUGAUGGAAAUAAACAGGAAAUUGCAAGGGCAAACUAUGCAUCAGAUAUUUUAAAUUUAAUAACAGAAUGAAGGACUAUUUGGCUUUGAAAUGUAUGAUAUUCAAUGAGCCUGAGCGUCCAAUUUUCAAGGUAAUUCCGGCUGUAGCGGGCAAUUUUGAGAUAAAAGCCCAGAUGAAAGAGACCAUCGCAAGACUUUUUCAAAGCAACAACGUACGUGUGAAGGGACAACAUGACAGCCUGUUUCUCAGUUUGCUCUCACCCAUUUCUUAGCUUCCUACCUUUGUAUUCACGUCUGAACAAAUGUUUUUUUAUCCUGCACUAACGCAAUCUGUGUAUGUAAUUUUACAAUAAUUAAAUGGAGCAUCCGCAACAUGUGAAGUUUACCCUAAACGGGGAGAUUCCGCUCUUGAUUUGCUUUAUCGUAUAUCGGCUCACAUUAAUCUUACCUUUUUCCAGCACUUUGCACUUGCCCGAUGUUA